AUGCCACCUCAUCAACAGACAUCAUCUUGGGUGCUAUACGAGUCGGAUGCAAGUAAAGAAACUCCGGAGGUGCCGCCCUCUGCAGAACAACGGAAAUGGCAGGUCGUCUGGAGAAACGUGAUUUUGUUCGCGUUGUUACAUAUAGGUGGCGUGUAUGGCGCUUACCUAUUUCUUUUUAAAGCAAUGUGGGCUACACGAACGUUUGCGGUGUUUCUAUACAUUUGUUCUGGUCUGGGGAUCACCGCAGGCGCUCACAGGCUCUGGGCACACAAAUCCUACAAAGCUCGCUUGCCGCUCCGCAUUUUGCUCACAGUUUUCAACACAAUCGCCUUUCAGGAUUCUGCACUAGACUGGGCGCGGGACCAUAGAAUGCACCAUAAAUAUUCAGAGACAGAUGCAGAUCCACAUAACGCUACCCGAGGCUUCUUCUUCUCACACGUAGGAUGGCUGCUGGUUAGGAAGCAUCCAGAGAUCAAAGCCAAGGGAAACACGAUUGACAUGAGCGAUCUGAAGGCUGAUCCGAUACUGCGAUUCCAGAAAAAACACUACAUGAUCCUGAUGCCAAUAGCCUGUUUCUUAAUGCCAACCUACGUUCCUACACUGUGGGGCGAAACACUAUGGAACGCUUACUUCGUCUGCUCUAUUUUCCGCUACGUAUAUGUACUGAACGUGACCUGGCUGGUAAAUUCUGCUGCUCAUAAAUGGGGCAGCAAGCCUUACGAUAAAAAUAUCAACCCCGUAGAAACUAAACCUGUCUCUUUGGUGGUGUUGGGCGAAGGAUUCCACAAUUAUCACCACGUCUUCCCUUGGGAUUAUAAAACAGCUGAACUUGGAAACUAUUCCUUGAAUAUUACAAAGCUUUUCAUCGAUACUAUGGCGAAGAUCGGAUGGGCUUAUGACCUCAAAACGGUAUCCACUGAAGUUAUUGAAAAAAGAGUUAAGAGGACUGGAGACGGGUCACACGAAGAAUGGGGCUAUGAAGACAUUCAUGGCGUGCAAGAAAAAGUUUGUCAGGAUUAG